UGAUCCUCCAUCUAUUUACCUCCUUUCUGAGCACCUCCCUCCGUUAAACCCGCACAUUCCUGACAUUCCCAGCUCCUGAUGUCACAGAAGGCGGAACCGCGCGCGCAUCCCGACGUCUUCCUCUCCGUGAGCUCCGUGUCGUUGGAGUACCGUUACCGGCGACCUCGUCCUGGUCCUGCACAGCUCACAGAACCUCACAGAACCUCUCAGAACCUCACGGAUUAAACAACCUCACCGGGAAUUCCGGCUGUUUUCAUUUCCUCAUGUUGGGAAUCCGGUCCUGAUUUGGAGGAUUGUGUGUUUUUUUCCUUUUGCUCUGAGAAGCGCGAGCGCUCCGUUCAUGUUUCCACUGAGUUGUUAACUUGGAGACAAGUUUCUUUUCCUUCUCUUUCUUCUCCUGAAGGAUUGCGCGCUUCAUCUAAGGGUUUAUUAGUAAAAGGAAAGCGCAAGAAAGAGAAAAGGAAAAGAAAGAAAGAAAGAAAGAAAGAAAGAAAGAAGAAAAAGUGGGAAUGUAGUGCAGACAACACGCUCCCAGGAUCCCACUUCCUGUCCACCCCUCAGCUUGCUCUCGGAAUGGGACUGCACCUUCCCAGAGUGAACUUCUUUACUGGGGGGUGUGGCCAUCCCUGGGCAGGACAGAGAGCAUAGACCACCUGCAGUAUUCUUUUGAACCCGUGACCUUGGUGUGACCCUGUCCAACCAUGCCUUUCAGGCUGAAACUGCCUCGUACGAGGCGCUACAACGUGCUGAGCAAGAACUGCUUCGUGAUCCGGAUCCAACUGCUGGACAAUCACGUGAUCGAGUGCACGCUGUCCGUCGAAGGGACUGGCCAAGAGUGUUUGGAAGCAGUUGCUCAGCGUCUCGAACUGAGAGAGACACAUUAUUUCGGCCUGUGGUUUCACUCUAAAGCUCAGAUGCAGAGGUGGGUGGAGUUGGAGAAGCCGUUGAAAAAGCAGCUGGAUAAAUUCGGUAAUGAACCAAUGCUGUACUUCGGGGUCAUGUUCUAUGUACCCAACGUCUCCCGCCUUGAGCAAGAGGUCACCAGAUGCCUUUCCUUUCUCAGGUAUCAGUACUACCUGCAGGUGAAGAAGGAAGUGCUUGAUGGUCGCCUUCACUGCACUGUGGAGCAAGGCAUUCGACUCGCCGGUCUCGCUGUCCAGGCCGACUUCGGAGACUUCACUCAAUAUCUGUCUCAGGAUUUCCUCAGGGAAUAUGUUUUGUUCCCUGUGAACUGGCCCCACGUUGACGAGGUGUUGGACGAGUGGACUCAGAAAGUGGCUGAAGAACACAAGAGUCACUAUCAAAUGCAGGUUGCAGAUGCAGAACUGCUCUACAUUAAAGAGGUGGAGAAACUAGAUGGAUUUGGCCAGGAGAGCUUUGCUGCUAAAGACAACUACACCAAUGACAUCUUCAUCGGAGUUUCGUUUAUCGGAAUCUUUGCCAAGCACAGAAACGGGAGAUCUAUCAUGCUUCACCGGUGGAAGGACAUCGGCACCAUCGGGCACAACAAGUCGGCUAUCACCGUGGAGAUAACCAGCAAAGACGACACCAUCAUGUUUCACAUGGAGGAUAUAGAGAUGGCUAAAUACAUAGCACGCCUCUUCACAGCCAGACACAAGUUUUACAAACAGAACAAGAUCUGUGUAGAGCCGACCCAUUCUCCUGUCACUAUACGGAGAAGAUCCCCUUGGAACAGGCAGCAUAGACCACAGUCCUGUAUUGCACACUCUCAGUAUCCUGAUCACUAUCAAGAGACCCAAAGCUCUCAAGACAGUAUAUUCCAUGAAGACCCGUACUGUAAGUCUGAGACGAGUCUGGUGGAGUUUAGUUUCCGUAACGGCCUGGUUCCUAAUGGAAGUAUGUGCAGCAGUCCGAGCGUAAGCUCCCUGAACCGCUCACAGACCUUUGUUCACUCAUCACCCAUGUCUUCAAGCCCUAGCAUCCCUGGGAGUGAGCUCAUGCGGUCUGACUACAUCCCCAGCCAACGGCACUCGGCCAUCAUCCCUCCCUCCUACAGGCCCACACCAGAGUAUGAUGCUGUGAUGCGGCAAAAACGCUGCCACCAUCCAAACACACCUACCGUUGACUGUCACAGCCAGUCACUGCGCAGCCUCAACAUCAGCAACACGUAUGUUUACCGUCAACCGUCACUAGUGUACAGCCAGCCGGAAAUGCGUGAGCAAGGCCCUUACCCUGCGCCCUAUGGCGGGGGUGGAGGUCUUCAACCAGUAUACGGACUUCAUGCUGGACCCACCGUACCUCACCAGGGUCAGAUGGUACAUUCUAUAACUGCUCAGCCGCAAUGUAGUGCCGCUAAUGGCAUUUCGCAUACCGUCAGCACGCCAGAGCUGGCCAACACUAAGCAACAAGUGAUUAACCGGACUACCCAUGUGUUUAGGAACCACCAGUCAAAACCUCCACCACCUUACACAGCAUCCUUUAGGCCAGCUACCAGCACGCCAGAUUUGGCGAGCCAUCGGCAACGCUGCAUUGGAGGAUCUAGUCCGGAGCUGGUGACACGUAAAGUGCAGCUGUCUGUGAAAACAUUCCAGCCAGACAGCUCAGCCGUGGUGCACCAGUCGUUACAGGAAAUGAGUGAGCCGUUAACGGCCAUGAAACACCGUUCCACACUUGCCAAACGCCACAGCAUGGAAGUCGCAAUGGUCCUUAAGGGAGCCAGUGUAGUCCCCUUGCCUCGGAGGAACACACUACGAGAGCAAGUGCCACCACUGAUCCCUCCUCAGCAGGCACAAGUCCAACCUCCUCCACCACCUCAGCUGGCUGAGGUGCAAAUGCCCGCCCAGAAAUCCUCCAACCCUGACCCAACAUACCAGCAUCAUCAAAAAACACUAUCUAACGUCACCAUGCUGAUCCACAGCAGUGAGAGUGAAGAGGAAGAGGAGGACUAUGCACCCGAGCUGGACGUCCACAUACCAGGCCUGAACGAGGACAUCAGUGCUCAACUGCAGGCAGCACUUGCUAACAUUCCUAACAAACCUCCCCCCGAAUACCCUGGACUGCGGUCCAGCAGCAACAACAUCACACUCAGACACCACAACCAGGAUCGGAGCCGAGGUUCUCCAGAGGUGGUGCAGGUACAAACACAGGUUUACGCCCAUGCAGGAGGGAACCGCGGGAGACAAAGUCCGAGCCGUGCAGAGCCAGUGUGUCUGAGCGGGGCGACUCUGGGACCGUCCAUCUCUGAGCCGGACCUCACCAGUGUGAAGGAGAGGGUGAGGAAAGAACCGGUGAAAGAGAGACCUGUCUCAGAGAUGUUUUCCAUCGAGGACAGCAUUGUGGAGAGAGAGAUUGCUCAGAGGACUCUGGAGAGGCAGAAGAUGUCUGUGGACUCAGUGAAGAGGCCUCUGAUGAUGGCCACCCUGAACGGACUCUAUGUGAGCCGCAUGCCUGUGCCAGAAAGCCCACGUGAGGACGUCUCUACCAAAGCCAACACGGACGAGAUGUGUAAACAUCUGGAGCUGAGGUUGGAGGAGGAGCGGCUCUUCUCCGAAUACGAGCAGAUGCUUAAAAAAAGACCAGAGUGUAACCUGGCCACGGCCACGCUUCCCGACAACGCAGAGAGGAACCGGUUCCGUGACGUUGUUCCUUACGAGGACAACCGUGUAGAGCUGGUCCCAAACAAAGAGAACAACACGGGCUACAUUAACGCCUCCCACAUCAAGAUGCUGAUCAGAGGGGAGGAGUGGCAUUACAUCGCCACACAGGGACCUCUUCCCAACACCUGCCACGAUUUCUGGCAGAUGGUCUGGGAGCAAGGGGUGAAUGUGAUUGCCAUGGUUACGGCAGAGGAGGAGGGAGGUCGUUCUAAGAGUCACAGAUACUGGCCCAAACUCGGCUCCAAGCACAACUCGGCCACCCACGGCAAGUUUAAGGUCACCACCAAAUUCCGUACAGACUCAGGUUGCUACGCAACGACAGGGUUAAAGGUCAAGCACCUUCUCUCUGGUCAGGAGCGCACUGUGUGGCACCUACAGUACACCGACUGGCCCGACCACGGCUGCCCCGAAUACGUGCAAGGCUUCCUGGCUUACCUGGAAGAGAUCCAGUCUGUGCGGCGUCACACUAACAGCAUGCUGGACGCCUCAAAGAACCCGAAGCCGCCGGUGGUGAUUCACUGCAGCGCCGGAGUCGGACGCACCGGAGUCGUCAUUCUUACCGAGCUCAUGAUCAGCUGCCUGGAGCACAACGAGAGGGUGGAGGUCCCGGGGAUGCUAAAUCGCUUGAGACAGCAGAGGAUGAUGAUGGUUCAGACCGUCGCUCAGUACAAGUUUGUGUAUCAGGUUUUGAUCCAGUUUUUGAAGAACACCAGACUCAUCUGAGUCAGACUGUGUGUGUGUACAGUAUAUAGAUAAAUGUGUGUAUGUGUGUGUGUGUGUGUCCUAAAUCGCCACCUUCAGCUUAAAGUGCAUGACACUCAGGCUGAAGCACUCGUCAUUGGAGAAAAAGGACCAACAUAAUUCCUAACAGAACAUUCUGUCUUCGGUAAACGAGUGGAGAAACACCUGUAUUAUGAUUCUUAAUUAUUAUUAUUAUUAUUAUUAUUAUUAUUAUUGUUAUUAUUAUUGUUAUUAUUAUAUUUUUUGUUCAUGGCACCUCUCCGUUAGGGUUCCUUGUCUUAUAUUAUCUUGUAGCUACACCUGCUCUUAGCAUGAUGGAAGUUCUGCUCGAAUGAUUUUGGGAUUUGGUUCACUGAGGUGAAUUUCUCUAAAUGAAAUCAUGACUACGUUAAAUAUGUAAAGUAAAUAUAUAUAUAUUUGAAUUCCAUACUGUAUUUUCCAGACUAUAAGUUACACUUUCAUACAUAACACACAGAAUGUCCAUCUUCUUAGACUGCAUUAAUAUAUGAAGUAAGGAAUAAAACACUGGAGGCUGUGAACUUACAGGAAAAUAAUCAACAACACAAUGCUACUGAUUCCUGUUCACUUACAGCGCAUCCUGAUGAGACGUUUUAUUCCUCUUAUACCGCAUAUGCUUACGAUUAUUUUAUUUAUUAAAGACCAACAACUUGUACUUUCACAUUUAUACAGAUACAAAACAAAAGUUUGUGCACCCUUGGUCAACUUCUCUAUGUUGUUAAAAAUAAAUAAAUGUGCUGUGCAAAGGUUUACACACCCUUCUCAUUUAAUAUACAUUAACAUUUGCAGAAAAUAAAAGUCUUCUAUUAAAUACUUUGAUGCAGAUGAUCAUUUCACUUCAAUAUGUCAUGUGGAGGGGGUGCACAAACUUUUGCAUAGAAUAGUCUAAUGGUCUAAGAGUCACAACUGCCUUAUAAUGUCAUUUAACUAACAUGAAGAAUUUAGGCUUCUGUUAUAAACUGACACCGUAGCUGUCGUCUGUUCACGGCAACCUAUAGUCCGGAGAAUACGGUAUAUUUUGUACAGAUCAAGUUUCGUGAGCACGUUUUGAUAUUGAAUUUUUUAUUUAUUGUUCUUCUUGUUGUCACCCCGUAGUUCUUGUUAACCCGGUGUGCAGGUGAACAUAAGCUUAAUUCUAGUUUAUUUUAUUAUGUUCAUGUCGUUUAUUUUACAGAUUUUGUCUUUAAAAGCAGCUUGUUUUUAUUUUUGAUGUUGAUUACGGACAGAAAAUCAACACCAAGACACCAGACACCACUUCCUGGAAUCCACCAAACCUAUCAGGAAUUAGAAUUUUUUUUUUUUAAAUCAAAACAAACUAUUUCAGCACAAAUAAAUAAACAAACAAAUAAAUAAAUAGAUGCUAUUCCCCCCCACACCCCCACCCCCCAUUGCAUAACACCGCAGGGUUUGUUUUUCUGUUGUAUAUUUUUGGUUUGAAUCCACACACCUAACACACACUACAGUAUCGUACAGUAAGUCGUUUGUAAUGUACAUGUAAAAUUGAAGGCUGCAUUAAUGUACAACUUGACAGUAUGUAUAUUUGUGUUUGAACUUUCCUCUGUGCUGGAACUCUGCAGCCAUUAAUUCAUCGAGCACUAAGAACGUUCAUCGCAUUCGGCACCUAAGUCCGGUUUUGUUGUUGUUUAACGUUCUUUUUGUCAUAUUUCUUUCUUUUCAUUGCUGUAAAUAUCCUGUGUAGAGAAAUUGAGCCACAUUUCUAAUAUCGUCCCUUUGCAGUGCACUAGUUGAAGUGCCCUAGGCCAGUAUAUUAGUGCCUUACUGUUCUAUUCUACUCUAUUCUACUCUAUUCUGUUCUACUUUCCUCUACUCUAUUCAGCUCUACUGUAUUCUAUCCUUCUAGAUUCUAAUCAUUUCUGUUCUGUUCUCCUCUAUUCUACUCCACACUAUUCUACUCUGUUCAAUUCUACUCCAUUCUACUCUACUUUAUUCUCUUCUCUUCUCUUCUCUUCUCUUCUCUUCUCUUCUCUUCUCUUCUCUUCUCUUCUCUUUUCUCUUCUCUUCUCUUCUCUUUACUCCACAUUUCAGCUCCAAACUGCAACUCUACAUGUUUGAGGACCAAUGAUUGGGUCACUCGUUGCUUCUUCGUCGCUGUAUAUCAGAUAUAUAUUUUGAGUACAAAUUUUUGAAGAUGCUAAAAGAAAAUGAUGCAACUAAUCUGUAAAUCUCUGUUAGCUUACAUCAUUAUGAAAGUUUUACAUUUCUAUACGACUUGGUACUAUUAAAUACCGUAAAACAGAAAACUAUGCAUGUUUUUUUUUUUAGAUAUAUAUUUUACUUGUAUAUAAGUAUACACAUGGAAAGUAUAAGCUUCAGUUAGCUGUUGUAUUCGUAAUCCGUGUUUCGUUUUUUUUUAAACACAAUGACAGUAUUUUUUCUACGAUGCAUUCCAGUCUGUCUCUGCAGGUAUUCUUUUUUUUUUCUUGCUCAUUCCACUUGUUAUUAAUUACCAAAAUUACAACAUUUCCAAAUUUCUACUUAAUUAUGUACAUAUAUUUUGUUUAUGCUCCGUUUUUCUAAAAUGAUAACUUUUUUUCAGAACUGUUAUACUUGCCUUAUUAUACAAUAAAGCAUUAUUUUCUCA